UGUUGAACAUUUCAAAUGUGGUUUUUAUGCGGAUUUUAUGCGAACUAAUAUCUAAACUAUUGGCGAGUGAAACAUUUUUAAAUUAAAUUUAUUUGUUUAACUUUUAAUCUCAAGAAUUGGAGUGCGAUCAUGCAAUUAUUGAAUUAUCGAUUAAUUUUAAUAUCAUUGUCAACUAUCAUAUUGUUUAAUACGUGUGAUUAUGCCGCUUGUCUAGAUGCUUCAACAAAAAUUAAAGAAUUCGGAUACCCAUUGGAGACGCAUGAAGUGUGGACUGACGAUAGAGCUCAUUUGGGCUUAGAACGAAUACCACAUAAUGGCAACAAAGUUAUCGGAAAACCCGUUCUAUUAAUGCAUGGACUUUUUUCAGAUUCAUAUAUAUUUGCAGUUAACAACUCGUCACUCAGUUUCGUAUUAUCGGAUGCUGGUUUUGAUGUUUGGUUAUACAAUGCCAGAGGAGUAGGUCUUUCAAGAACACUAAGUAUUUACAAGAGACCUGGAUCACUACCAAAUAUGAAUAGAAUAUCAUGGAAUUUUGGUUUUCACGAAAUGGGUAUAUACGAUUUAACUGCAGUUAUAGAUUUCAUUCUGAAAAAAACGGAGUAUUCAAAACUGAACGUUGUGGGGUACUCCUUAGGAGCAACUAUAGCAUUUGUUUGCUUAUCCGAUAAGCCAGAAUACAAUGCUAAGGUCAACAAACUUGUACUCAUAGCACCGGCGACUCAUUUUAAAACAUCUCCUGUCACUACUAUUGUUAAGCAAUUUCCAAAAAUUGUAUCGAUAAUACUGAAUGGAUUCGAUUUCAUCCCAUAUACCGCGGAUCCAGAUGCCAUGUAUAGUCAGUUGAGAAACGUGUGUGCAAAUGAAAGUGUAUUAAAGAGUUGUAAGAACUUUAUCAAUUUAUUUGAAGGAGUCGAUUUACCAAUCGACAAAAAUACAGUUUUAGACAUUGUUUCUGUAUUUCCACAACCCGUGUCAUCAAAAUUAAUGAAACACUAUUUUCAAAUAGUAAUGAAAGGGAGACUAAGCCAUUAUGAUUAUGGGACUUCUGAAAAUUUGCAACGUUAUAAUAAAAUAAUUCCACCAGAUUACGAUUUAUCCAAAGUUACAGCACCAACAUUUAUCAUACAUUCAAACAAUGAUUAUUUAACUACACCAACGGAUGUAAAAUGGCUUAUAAAUUUAUUACCAAAUGUUAAAGAAGUACGUUAUAUUGAUCAAGUACAAUGGGGUCAUCUCAGCUUUAUAUUAAGUCCAAAUAUAAGAGAAAUCAUGAACUUGUAUAUAGCAAAAAAAUUAUUAGAUUAAAGUUUAUGAUCUUACCGAAUGUGUUUUAUUUAUACAAUUAUGUAAUGUAUUUUAAUUGUUAAGGAACAAUAAUAUAAGAAACCUAAAAUACUGUGACAUACAUUGUGAAUAUAUU